GAGUGAGUGAGUGAGUGAGCAAAACAAAUCAGUCUCGACAGGGGAAGGUGAAGGCCAUUGGUGCGGUUCACGUUUACGGCAGUUAAACAGCUGUGAAAAUUACUCGAUACAAGUUGCGAAGUAUUAUCGCAAAGCAGUAGCUGAUUUUGGCGUUCGAAGUACACUGUUGAUAAGUGAUGAUUGCAAUCAACUGAGCACCAUGGAAGAUAUUAAAGACAAACUGAUCCCCAACAUCCAUUUUGCCAACGAUGACGAGGAGGAGUUCAACGAGGAGAUCGGUAACACCCGGAAGCCAACGAUCCCCUCCAUACGGCAACGAAACUCGCAGAUCCAUGCGUUGGAAAAUCUCGAUCAAAUCGAGGAGGAGGAAAAGCUAAACGAAUUUCGAUCGGUGUUGAAAGCUGGCGGACCGAAAAAGGGUGUCACCUUUGGAGAUGGAGUGCGGAAAAGGGGCGCCAUGGCGUCGCGUAUUCCUGAGCUGAGCAGUAGCAAUAGUGAGGAUUUCGAGCGCUUUGGCGAUUCGUUUAUGGUGUUGGAGUUUAGCGAGGGGACCGCGACGGAGACGAUCCAAUGGGUGAUCGAUAAGAUUCGGGGGAGGAAGGUCGAUGGCGGUGCGGAACUGAUGGUGCGGAAGGAACCACUUACCAAAGAAACUCAAACGCUGAUUCUGCAUAUCUCAGCAACGCAGAUGAAGUUCCUGGAGAUAGCCGACGACAUGGGCUUUAUGAAGCGAACCAAGACUGGAAUCAUCAGGAAUUUUAACGUUGCUUGUUUGGACGAUUUUUUCUAUGAUGAGCACAUGACGCUGGAGGACAUCCUGACGCCGGCGGAUCGGCAGAUAAUCAUCAAGCACGCCCUCGAAAACAUUCGUGCCUCGGAAAGGGAGCAGCACAUUCCGGGCACCAAGACACAACUCUACCACGGCCAAUCGAUCAUUCAGGCUGCCCAGCGAGUUGAAAUCAUAACAAAUUUCUACUCCUUGCAUGACAAACCGAAACUGCGGAAACUGCGCCACGUGUGGAUCAAACCGACCAAAGAGCAGCCGAUCGAUGAAAUUCGUGACUAUUUCGGGGAAAGUGUCGGGAUGUAUUUUAGCUUUUUGGGGUUCUACACGUACGCGUUGAUUGUUCCGACGGUGCUGGGGCUGCUGCAGAUGCUUCUAUCGGAAGAGACGGAAACCGUGCCGUUUUUCUGCGUCUUUUACGUCGUGUGGAUAAAGGUGUUUCUGGAGCUGUGGAAGCGGAAGAGUUCGGCCCACGCGUAUCGCUGGGGUACGAUCACGAUGACCAAUUUGGAUGAACCUCGGGUGGGCUACUACGGGAAGUUGGGUAGGGAUCCGGUGACGGGGAAGGUCACUCCUCAGUACCCCAAGUGGAAGACUUAUGUGCAGAUGUACUGCGUUACUGCGCCGAUCAUACUUUUCUGCAUAUCGAUCGCCGGAUUUGUGACGAUCUUCCAGUUCUACGUGGAGAGUUAUCUGGCUGAAGUGUUCGGGAUCGAUUCGUACAUUAUGUACGUACCGUCGAUAGUGAAUGCUAUUUAUAUUGCCAUUUCUACGAUAGCGUAUGAUCGACUGGCUACUUAUUUGACGGACAAGGAGAAUCAUCGGACUCAGAGUCAGUACGAGCGACAUCGUGUCAAUAAGCUGAUUGUGCUGGAGUUCGUGAACAACUUCCUGUGUCUGUUCUACAUUGCGUUUAUCUUGCAGGACAUGAAAAUGCUCAAAACCCAACUGAUGAUGCAGUUGAUCGUACUCCAAUUCGUGCAAAAUGUGCUGGAAAAUCUGCUUCCCUACCUCAAGAAGAAGGUAGCUCUAAUCUCGAACAAGCUGUUCGUCAAGUCCAACUACGAGCGGUUGCAGCAGGCCUACGAAGAGUACGAUCAGAUGGGUAUCCUAUCGCUGGACGAUGAUGACCUGAGGAUCGUGCGGCACAAGAAGGAAAGCGUCAUGGAGGAGUACAACACGUACGACGACUAUCUGGAGUUGUACAUUCAGUUCGGCUACGUGGUGCUGUUCUCGUCCGUAGCUCCGAUGACGGCUUUCUGGGCGAUAUUGAACAACGUGAUCGAGAUUCGGUUGGAUGCGUACAAGUUGUGUUCGUUCUUCAAGCGGCCUUUCGCCAGGAGGACGAAGAACAUUGGAGCAUGGCAGUUGGCGUUUGAGACGCUGGCGAUCAUUUCGAUUAUGACCAACUGCGGGAUCCUGUAUCUGUCGCCGCAGAUGAGGGAACUGGCCAACAACGUAAGCUCGGAGGCGUACGCCAUCAGCUUCCUAGUCAUCGAACACGUCCUGCUUGGCCUGACGUGGUUCAUCUACAAAGCCAUCCCGGACACUCCCCUGUGGGUACGCGUCGCUCUAGCCAAAGCCGACUACGAAUCGCGACAGGCUCUAAAACGAGAGGACUAGAGAAGCCGACACACCAUGUAACCAUGCAUUCAUGUUGCUGCAUUUCCUAGAGAGUGUCAUAGUCAUCACCCUUGUGCCUACACGAACAUGUUUUGAAUUCGAGCCAGUGUUUUGCAGUACAAUUAUCAAUUCAUGCAGAAUAUAAACGCAACAAUAAUAACGAUCAGACUGCCGCUGUUUACAAUUUGCUAUGCUAGAGGGGCCAUUCCAGGGAAAAAAACACAAUUUUAUAACAUCAGUAUAACUGGUAUAACUAUUUUCGUCAGGGUUUCAUGAACGUUCUCCAAAAAGUUCCUCUAUGUAUGAAUGAAAUUAUUUGUAAACUUGUCAAAUGUGUCUAAAAAUGGAAGAGUAUCUCUAGGUGAUACCAAAUUCAAUAACAUGUGCCAAUUGAUGCGUCGAUUUCUUAUGGAAUGGCUCAAUAGCAAAAAUGUGUGAUAUGAUUAACCUUAUUUGUGAAGACUAACAAUUUUAUUGAAUUGAUCCUUUAUUUAUCCAACACCGAUCUACGGUCAAAGUUCGUUACGUGUUCAAUGUUAUACCUACAUGUUACAUGUUCGAGUUUGUGAAUUUCUAUUUAAAUUGCUCAAAUAAGUCGCCCACCGGGACGACGGUCAUGUUUCUUCAACAGCGAACACAGCAAUGCUUCGUAUGUAGCAACGACGACGGAUGAUCAGUUUGACCGGUAGAUUGGCUUUUAGCGACUAAAAGUGCAUGGCAAGGAUUUGAUUUGGCAUUUGCUCAGUCCGGAUAUGGGUUAUUAAUCUUUUCUAAAUUAUUCGUCCCCGAAACAGAACGCGCAACGAUCUCGGAAUCUACUGUUUCGGCGCUUCCGGAGUGUGUACGAUUCGCACUCGAUGCUGACGUAAGCCUUCAUUUAAACGUUCGGAAGCGAACGCGUUUUUAGUUGUUUUACUAGAUCUGCACGGAUUGAGCGUGAAAGAGCCGUUGUUGAAAUAAAUUAUGAAUCGUUGAACUACUU